AGCGAGGAGAUAGAUGCGGCGCUUUCGCUCGAAAGGCGCCAACGGAGACGGGUGCGGGCUGUGCAGCUGCUGCUACUUGGUCCUCCGGAGUCAGGGAAGUCUACCGUUCGCAAACAGCUCCAGUUACUGUACGAUUUGGCCGGAUUCAACGCGGAGCGACAUUCCUGGCUCACAGCUAUAUACCUAAACAUCAUCGAGUCCGUUCGUCACAUCCUGCAGACACUGGAAGAGGAUACUGUAGUCGAGCACGCCAUGCUCGGCGCCACCUCGGGCGCAGUGUAUUCUCAACUAGCUUCUCCUCGAAAUCAUACAGCUGAGCGGUCGGGAGGUCGAGCUGCCCUCCUUCGGGAGAGAUUGACGCCCCUGCUGGAUGUGGAACAACGGCUGACGCACCAUCUCUCCGAGAUCGUCCACGAUCGGUCCAUGAACUCGGACCAUCUUUCUGUCGGCACAGAGUGGCAGGCACGGACGGAGCAGCUCAAGCCGAGUUCUUCAGCCCUACGGUGCGACCGCGACGACUUAGGUGACCAUAGUAGGAGCAUGGUUUCCGCAGACACCCUGGUUGACAGUGAAUUCGACUCACCUACGGCGCACGACAAGGCUGAGAAAGAGGAGCUAUUGUCGAAAGUCUCGUCGAUCCUGAGGGCGUCCGCCGAGUACAUAUCGGAACUCGUGGGACUUCCUGAUGUGGAGGUACUUCGCGCGAACAGGAGACUGAGGAUCGCCGAGUGGGCAGAGUACUUUCUUCCAGAGAUCGAACGUGUAUCACAACGAGACUAUAUACCAUCGGACGAUGAUGUUCUCCAUGCGCGCACCCAGACUAAGGGCAUUGUGGAGCAAGUGUUCAGAGUAUCGGCAUCCAACGUAACCAAGUACAUGAAUGUGGUAGAUAUCGCCGGAGUCGGGGGCAUGAAACAAGUAUGGAUUUCUCGCUGUGAGAACACGGAUGCUGUUAUUUUCGUGGCACCCAUAGGUGCAUUUGACGAGACUCUCGACGACGAUUCCAAAACAAAUCGGCUAGCCUACUCAACACAGCUCUUCAAACAGUUGUUCUCGAAUCGCUUACUCAAUAUGGCGACUUGGGUACUAUUUAUGAAUCAGGUCGACGUCCUUCAGCGCAAGAUUGCUGCGGGUGUCCGGACUUGGCUUGAAGACUUUGGUGAUCGUCCAAAUGAUCUCGAUACGGCUAUGGGGUACUUCAAGGACAGGUUUCACAUGAUCAAGGACGGCAUAGUACCAUGGAGGGCUCACUUUACACACUUCACCAGCGCUGUGGAUACGAAGUCAAUGCAUCCGGUGCUUGAGACUGUCCCGAAUUCAAUACUGCGCCGACAUCUUCAUGAAUGCAAUUGCGAUAUUUGA